AUGCCACCCGAACAGAGAUCCCCCGCCGAUCGCGGAGCCAUCGCGUCUCAUGACGGCGACGCGACCGAGACGACGCCGUUGCUGAUUGCCAACGACAUCGCUCCGACCGCCGACCCCGACGUGGCCAAGGCGACGACGCUCCCCGAGCCGGACCGGCGUGAUGACGACCCGGAGGAAAAACCGCUGCCGGGCUGGCAGAUCUUCCUGCUGUGCUACGCCCGGUUGGUCGAGCCCAUGGCUUUCUUCUCCAUCUUCCCGUACAUCAACCAGAUGGCCCAGCAGAACGGCAAUCUCGCCGACACGGACGUCGGCUUCUACAGCGGCCUCAUCGAGUCGCUCUUCUCCCUGACGCAAGCAAUCGUCAUGAUCUUCUGGGGCAUGCUGUCGGAUCGGGUCGGCCGCAAGCCCGUCCUCGUCUUCUCACUCGUCGGCGUCACGCUCGCCACCUCCAUCUUCGGCAUGGCCCGGACGAUCUGGCAGAUGGUCCUGUUCAGGUGCCUGGCAGGCGUGUUCGGCGGCACCAUUGUCACGAUGCGCACCAUGAUUGCCGAGCACAGCACCCCGAAAACCCAGGCCAGAGCUUUCAGCUGGUUUGCUUUCAGCGGCAACCUCGGCAUCUUCAUCGGGCCGCUUCUGGGCGGCGCUCUUGCCGACCCCGUGCAUCAGUACCCGGGGUUCUUCAAGAAUCGCUUCUUCCUUGAAUAUCCUUACGCGCUGCCAAGUUUCGUGGUUGGGUUCCUUGGCUUGACGGCCGCUGUGACCUGUUUCAUCUUCGUCGAGGAAACGCUCAAGAAAGAGCCCUGCAGCAUAGACGACAACAGCUCAGCAGCGCCCAAGAAGGACACAUACUCCAUCGCUAAACUUGUCAAGUCCGACGGCGUUGGCAUAGUCCUCUUCGUCUACGGCUAUCUCAUGCUCCUCGCAUUCGCGUAUACGGCCAUAGUCCCCGUCUUCUGGUUCACACCCGUGGCGCUUGGUGGCUAUGGAUUCACCCCUCUGCAAAUCUCAAUCAUGAUGGCGGUCAACGGCAUUGCCCAAGCCCUGUGGCUCUUGGUCAUCUUCCCUCCCUUACAGCAUCGCAUGGGGACCAACGGCGUCCUGCGUGUGUGCUCAUACGCCUAUCCCUGGUUCUUCCUUAUUUGCCCGCUCGGAAAUUUCGUUCUUAAAGCCGGCGUCAACAACCCCGGGGUAAUCACUUGCUUCUGGAUAUUUGCACCCAUCGGUCUUGCCAUUGGCUCCGGGGUAAGCAUGGCGUUCACUGCCAUUCAACUGGCACUCAACGACGUGUCGCCCAGCCCCCAGGUUCUUGGAGCGCUCAACGCUCUGGCGUUGACUGGCGUCAGUGUCAUCAGGGCCUUCUCGCCAGCACUAUACACGAGUCUAUUCGCCAUUGGGGCGCGAACUCAGUACCUCUGGGGCCAGGCGAUCUGGGUUCUCAUGGUUGCACUUGCAGUGGGCUUGAUCUUUGCAGUGAGACAACUUCCCGAGGAGGAGGAUCUGAAAAUGGCCAGAGAACAGUAA